AUGAUAAUUGAUACGACAGAAUUACAGGCUAUCAAUUCUUUUUUCAGAUUGGAAUCCUUAAAGGGGGUCUAUGGUCUUAUAUGGUUGCUUGUCCCUAUUUUUACUCCUGUAUUGGGAAUCACGAUAGGAAUACUAGUUAUUGUGUGGUUAGAAAGAAAAAUAUCUGCGGGGGUACAACAACGUAUUGGACCCGAAUACGCGGGUCCUUUGGGAAUUCUUCAAGCUCUAGCAGACGGGACAAAAUUACUUUUUAAAGAGGAUCUUCUCCCAUCUAGAGGGGAUAUUCUUUUAUUCAGUCUCGGACCCUCUAUAGCAGUCAUAUCCAUUUUACUAAGUUAUUCAGUAAUUCCUUUUGGAUAUCGUCUUGUUUUAGCUGAUCUCAGUAUAGGUGUUUUUUUAUGGAUUUCUAUUUCAAGUAUUGCUCCUAUUGGACUUCUUAUGUCAGGAUAUGGGUCAAAUAAUAAAUAUUCUUUUUUGGGUGGUCUACGAGCUGCUGCUCAAUCGAUUAGUUAUGAAAUACCAUUAACUCCAUGUGUGUUAUCAAUAUCUCUACUAUCUAACAGUUCAAGUACAGUUGAUAUAGUUGAGGCGCAGUCAAAAUAUGGUUUUUGGGGGUGGAAUCUGUGGCGUCAACCUAUAGGUUUUGCAGUUUUUGUAAUUUCUUCCCUAGCAGAAUGUGAGAGGUUACCCUUUGAUUUACCAGAAGCCGAAGAAGAAUUAGUAGCAGGUUAUCAAACCGAAUAUUCAGGUAUAAAAUUUGGUUUAUUUUAUGUUGCUUCCUAUCUAAAUCUACUAGUUUCUUCAUUAUUUGUAACAGUUCUUUAUUUAGGGGGUUGGAAUCUUUCUCUUCCGUACAUAUUUCUUCCUCAUUUCGAAAUUUCUGAAGUGGGUGGAGUUUUUGGAAUGACAAUUGGUAUUUUUAUUACAUUAGCUAAAGCUUAUUUGUUCCUGUUCAUUCCUAUUACAACAAGAUGGACUUUACCUAGGAUGAGAAUGGAUCAACUAUUAAAUCUUGGGUGGAAGUUUCUUUUACCUAUUUCUCUAGGGAAUCUAUUAUUGACAACUUCUUUCCAACUCUUUUCACUCUAA